AUGACCCGCCGGAAACGAUGCAAUGAACUAGCUCUGGAAGCAGAUACGAUGGUGAGUUCAGAAAAUAGGAUGGUUACACCGGAAUCCGGAGUUCCCCAAACCCUAGAACCACCUCAAUUGGUUCACUGGAUGCAAGGUAUGGGGUGCGCUCCCACAAUUUUGCAAGCUCCGACGAAAGAGGAACCAGUGAAGGUGAAAGAAGCUCAAAAACCAGUGGAAGCGGAUGCGAAUUUGGCAGCACAGAAGCUUACUUUCUCAGUCAAUUCGCAUGAAGCAAAGAUCACCCUAGUAGAUGUGGUGCGAGGGAAUCGAUCCAUACAUCAGGGAUCGAAACUUGAAUACUACCCACCGAUUAUGAAAGAAGGGAUAAAAGUGGUCCGCCUCAAUCAAAUUGAAGUAGAAGAGGAAACUAGAAAGUGGAAAUCAAGCUUGAUUGGGUACGUAUUAGGUGGUUUGCCGACAUUCAAGGAUAUGUUGAAAUUCGUCUAUGGAGUUUGGCAAUUUGUGGACACACCACAGGUGUUAGAGUAUGGGCCUUACACUUUCAAUAAUCGACAUAUGAUCCUAAAACAAUGGGAGACGGAUUUUGAUAUUAGCAAAGAAACCAAUCGAAUUGUUCCUACUUGGGUAAUCCUACCUGGGUUGCCGAUUCAAUAUUGGGCAACUGAGAAUUUGGGCAGAAUUGCGAGCUACCUAGGAAAACCAGUAUGCACUGAUAAAUUGACAGCACAAGGGGAUAGAAUCUCAUAUGCUAGAGUACUGGUGCACAUAGACAUUUCUCAGCAUCUCCCUGAGCAUAUACUGAUUGAGGAUGAAAAAGGAGGAUUCAAAGAGCAGAAGCUAGAAUAUGAAUGGAAGCCCUCCUAUUGUCAGGAUUGUCUACAAAUAGGACAUAUCGCUGGAAAUUGCAAGAAGGAACAAGAGAAUGAAUUUAAACAUGAGAAGGGUGAAGAACAGAACCGGAGAAGAAGAAGACAAACACAGAAAAAACAGCAAACAACCCAAUGGAAAGUGAAAGAUAAUAAGACUCAACCACCAGAACAGGAACAAUAG